UGCGUGACAGUUUGCGUUGGUUCUUCGUCGGUGUUGGUGUGCGCUCUUUGCUCCGCUCGUUCGCAGUCCGUUUUGCUGACCGUCCAGCAAAGUGCAAAUCGCAGGACUGUGAACGCAGAUUCCGCUUUGUGCCCUCGCUCGGGUGCCUGAAAGUUACUUUUCCGCGAAAACGGUUCCUCCGGUGUCGGGUGGUGCUUCGGACGGGCGUGAUUUGGGUGGGAAUCGCCCUUUUGGAGGAGGGACGGCGGAACGACAGAAAACGGUGAAAAAAGAAAGGCGUUUGCACCCCUCCCAGAAGAAAAAAAACGAGAAAAAAGGAAACGAAAAACAAGAGUAAGACGAGCGCGGACGGAACAGGUUCAGGGGGUGGGUCCCGUGCCGUAACUGUUUUCCAGCUGGAACAGCUGGAUUACUUGCUGGAGGAUGUUCCAGGUUGAGGAUUUCGCCACUGCCAGCGGCAGCUAUUAAUCGCUGUCCUUCCCCCCUCGGGAGAUUGCUGACCUCUUCCUCCCCGCUGGCCCCGUGCCCUGCCCUAGGGAGAUCUGCAAAAGAGGCAGCUCACAGAAGGAAAAAAAAGUGAAUGUUUUGUGUGUGAGGAGCUCUCAAGAGUGUUAUCACUUUUCGGGGUUUUGUUGAUACGCGGGUUGUGGCCAGCCUCGGUUCCUUUCUAGGGGAUCUUGAGGCGAAAGAAGGAGACACGAAACACGGGGAGAAGCAACAGCAGCAGCAAGUGAAUACGAAAAUGGUGGACAGUGGUUGACAUUCUUCCCUCCGCCGCGAGAGAGUGUUUUGUGUUUUUGUUGGUCGUGAGGACGUGUGAAUCGGGAAGAGUGUGUCCCCGCUGGGCAGGAAGAACCCACACAGGAAAAGGAUCCGCGCGGAGGGUCCCUGAUCUGACCCUCCGUCAACAACCGCCGCCGCCGCCGGAAAUCGAAACCAAAGCAAAAGAUGUCCCGGCUGGCCGAUUACUUCGUAAUUGUCGGCUACGAUCACGAGAAAGAGCGAACCGGAACAAGAAAUGGAAAAAUCCUGCAGCGCUUCCCAGAGAAGGACUGGCCGGACACCCCCUUCAUCUGUGGCAUCGAAUGGUUCUGCCAACCGCAGGGCUGGUCACUGUCGACGGUGCGCCAGGAGCCGCAGUUCUUCGUGUCGGUCCUGACGGACAUUGACGCGAACCGGCACUACUGCGCGUGUCUGUGCUUCAACGAGACGAUCGCGAUCACGCCGAGCAAGCCGAUCGACGAGGAGGAAGAGGACGAUGCGCUGUCGCCGAGCAGCCGGGCGCUGCUGGCGGCGAACAGUGGACCGCCGUCGAUCACGCACCACAGCAUCAUGUACGCGCCCAAGUGUUUGGUGAUCGUGUCGCGGCUGGAUUACAUCGAGACGUUUCGGAACUGUUUGGGGACUAUCUAUACGGUGUAUUUGGAGAGUUUGAAGUUCCAUUUGCACCACCUGAUUGGGAGUAUUUUGGGGUGUAUUCAGGUUCCGCCGCCGGGUGGUCCGCAGGUGCGGUUCUCGAUUGGGGCCGGGGACAAGCAGGUGCUGCAACCUCCGCUGUCGCACACACUUCCGGUGACGGGGUCUUGCGUGAGUUUGCUGUUUCACCAGCUUGGCAUUAAGAACGUGAUGUUGCUGUUUUGUGCGGUGAUGACCGAGCACAAGAUCCUGUUUCAUUCGACGAGUUACACGCGCCUCACGGACAGUUGUCGCGCGUUGACCGCCCUCAUGUAUCCAUUCCGCUACAGCCACGUGUACAUUCCAAUUUUGCCGGCGUCGCUGCUGGAGGUGCUGUCGACGCCGACGCCCUUCAUCAUGGGCAUUCACAGCGCCAUGCAAACCGAGGUCACCGAAGUGUUGGACGUGAUCGUUGCCGAUCUGGACGGGGGUUCGAUCCACAUUCCGGAGUCGUUGGUUCCUCCGAUUGCGAAACUCCCGCGAGCCCUGUGGGAGUCGACGGAGAGUGCGCUGCGACUUGUGCUGCAUCCCGAGCUGGCCCUCGCGGAUUACGCGUUCCCACCCAACAACAACAACACCAACAGCGCCGGGUUCAGCUUCCGAGAGCAGAAAAACGACUGCCUGCUGGACAAGGAGAUCCGGGCGGUGUUUAUGAGAUUAUUCGCACAACUCCUGCAAGGUUACCGGUCCUGUUUGACACUCAUUAGGAUCAACCCGAAACCGAUCAUCCAGUUCCACCGGGCCGGCUUCCUCGGCGCCCGCGAUCUCGUCGACUGCGACUUUCUCUCUCGCGUCCUGGACAGCAUGUUCUUCACCGAAUUCGUCACCGACCGGGGUCCACCGUGGCGACCCUGCGACGCCUGGGACGAACUGUACAGCUCAAUGAACGAUCUGCUCAAGCAAGAAACGCACGACCCCACCCUAAUACUCAGCCACAUCCAAGACCUGGCGAAGCAGUUGUUCAACAACGAAAACCCAAACCCACAAACCUACCAGCAAAAGGUUCUCCGACCCCCAGAAGGCGCCUUCGCCCGGAUACACCAACCUUCGAUGCCGCUCAUCGACGCCCAAGAAGUUCAAAAGGUCAUCAACGAUGGCCUAGCCGCGAACGACCUGCAAGCGCGACUUCAAACCAUCCGACCAACGCCACGGAUCGUCCCGAUGGGCCCAUACCUGAAACCGGUCCCCGAACUUAGACCCGUGGUCAACAACAGCGCGCGCAAGCUGGAAGUGCUUAAAACCUGCAUCAGCUGCAUCUUCGACAACAAGAUUACGGAGGCGCGCAAAAGUUUCCCCGCCGUGCUUCGGAUAUUGAAGCAGCGGGACGCGCGAUUGACGCUGUGUCGAGAGUUGGCGAAGAUCGCCCACGGGAACAAGCAGCUCGACCACCAGCAGUUUGACCUGGUGGUGAAGCUGAUGAACCGGGCGCUGCAGGACGACUCCUCGAAGGACGAGUACGGAGUGGCGGCGGCGUUGCUCCCCCUCUCCACCACCUUCUGCCGGAAGUUGUGCACCGGGGUGAUACAGUUCGCGUACACCUGCAUCCAGGACCAUCCGGUGUGGAAGAACCAGCAGUUUUGGGAGGACGCAUUCUACCACGACGUGCAGAACUUUAUCAAGGAGCUGUAUCUGCCGCGGUCGCAGCACUCGGCGGACAAACCGUACAGCAGCUGGUCGACGGACAACAACGGGCUGACGCAUUCGGCCUCGCGGGACAAGCUGGACCGGUCGACGUUGAUGUCGCGGGCGCAGGAACCUUCCGCGCUGGAGAUCGCCGCCGAUCAGAUGCGGAUUUGGCCGUCGAUGGACGGGGAGAAGCAGACGGAGCUGAUCAGUUCGGAGGAGAAGACGCUGUACAGCCAGGCGAUUCACUACGCGAACCGGAUGGUGUUCCUGUUGAUUCCGCAGGACGUGAACAGUGGGGGGCGGGUGCAGAAGCUGGACUCGCAUGCGGAUGACGACGCGAGCGUUUCGAACAGCGUGAUUGAGUCGCACUCGCACAGCGAUCAUAGCGAUGAGGGGUUCGAGGAUAAUGAUCCGAGCGAGGUGGGCGCGCAGGUCGCCAAGAUGGUGUGCAAGUUUAUCGAUCGGGUGUGCAACGAGGGGAAGGUGACGGCGGAGCAUUUGCGGAAUCUGCACCAGAUGGUUCCGGGGGUCAUUCAGAUGCACAUUGAGACGCUGGAGGCGGUGAAUCGGGAGGCGAAGCGGAUUCCGCCGAUUCAGAAGCCGAAGCUGCAGUAUCCGCCUUUGUUGUUGGGAGAAGAAAUCGUCGGGGAUCCGAUGCGGGUGUACUUGCUGGCGGACGGGCGGGAAGACAAGGACGUGGCGCAAGCGAGCAACCUGCUACUUCCAGCUGAGGGCGCCCUCUUCCUGACCAACUACCGCAUCGUGUUCAAGGGAUGGCCGUGCGAUCCGUACUGCUGCGAGCAGAGCAUCGUGCGGGCGUUCCCCAUUUCUUCGCUGACCAAAGAGAAGCGGCUGACGGUGAUCUACCUGCAGCAUCUGGAGCAGGUUCUGCAGGAGGGAAUGCAGCUGCGGUCGAGCACGUUUCAGCUGAUCAAGGUAGCGUUUGAUGAGGAGGUCAUGCAGGAGGCGAUCGAGGGCUUUCGAAAGACGAUUCACCGGGUGCGGCAUCCGGAGGACGAGUUCGGGCACUUUGCGUUCGCGACGACGCACGGGAUCGUGAAUCCGACGCCGCUGCACAAGGUUAAGGAGAAGAACGCCACGUUGAAGGACUUUGCCAAGAAGACGCUGUUGAGGACGGCGAAGAAGGCCGGGUUCAAGCAGAAGAGUACCACAAAGCGGAAGUAUAUUUUGCCGGGGGCGGACAAUGAAGACGGGUACGGGGGAAGCAGCGCCACGGGGAUCAACGAGAACCCGGAGGAUGAGGACGGGUCGGACGAGGGUGCGGAUACGAUGCCCCGGGUGACGGUGAAGGACGUGGAGCGGUUGAAGGAGCGAAGUUACGUCAAGGAUUGGUUCCGGGUUGGGUUGGGUGAUGUGCAGACGGGUUACCGGAUAAGUUCGAUCAACUGUAACUACAGUCUGUGCCGGACGUACCCGGCGAUGCUUGUUUGUCCGAAGGACGUGAGCGACGACGCGUUGCGGAAUUUGGCCCGCUGCUACAAACACCACCGGAUUCCGGUGGCCACGUGGCGACACAAGAAUGGCGCGACCCUCUUGCGAGGGGCGGUUCCGCUCGCGAAGGGAGUGAUGGGCAUGCUGAAGGGGCACCCGGGAUCGGCGAAUACGUCGGCGGAUUCCGGAUCGUUCCAGGAGCAAGAUCGGUACUUUGUGUCGGUGAUCAAGACUACGCCGCACACGCGACCCAUCCGGCACACGUGGGGCCUGUCCGACUCGAACAUCUCGCUGGAUUCGCUCGCCCUAGCCGCGAACAAUCUGAUGAUCCGGUCGGAUAUGGCCACGCUUACGCCGGACAUAAGUCGGAAAAACAACGUCGGUCUGUACUCGAUGAACAACUCGAGCUUCUCGAGCUUUGGAGCGCUUCGGUCAAACGCGAAAACCAACAAGUGGGGAUCGCUCAAGCCGGGAAGCAGCGCUGGAGGUGGAGCAGGUCAGAACAGCGGGUCGACCCUUCGGGACGUCAACCAUUGGGACCCGUCCCAGCAGCAGUAUACCUUUCAACGUGUGCCAUUGUACUUCCUCGGGGAAAAGUCUCAGUCCAAGUCGGCCAAACUGUCGGAGAUGUACGCGGAGUUCAUUCCGGUGGACUACACGGACGUGCGCCACUCGCGGACCGCCUUCAAGAAGCUGAUGCGGGCCUGUCUGCCGUCGUGCGUCAACACCGAACCGGACCAGACGUUCUCCAAGCUGGUCGAGCAGUCCGAGUGGCUGCAGCAGAUUCGGGGGUUGCUUCAACUUUCCGGCGCCGUCGUAGACUUGAUGGACCUGCAGGAGUCCAGCGUGACGCUGGCGCUCGAGGACGGCUGGGACGUAACGGCUCAAAUCUCAUCGCUUGCGCAGCUGUGCCUCGAUCCGUAUUACCGAACCAUCGAAGGCUUCCGGGUGUUGAUCGAGAAGGAGUGGCUCGCCUUCGGGCACCGCUUCGGCCAUCGCAGCAAUCUCAAACCAAACAGCAGCAGCGGAUCUCCGUUCGCUCCGACCUUCCUCCAAUUUCUGGACGCCGUGCACCAAAUCCAGUCGCAGUUCCCGCUGGCGUUCGAGUUCAACGAGUUCUACCUGCGCUUCCUGGCGUACCACCACGUGAGUUCACGCUUCCGAACCUUCCUCUUCGACUGCGAGCUGGAGCGGGUCGACUUUGGCAUCACGGCCAUCGACGACAAGCGCGGUUCGCUCAACUCGCACCACAAGCACGUGGUUGAGACGCUGACCGUGUCGGACGACGACAACAUCUACCCGGGCGGCGUCGGAGGUCGCGGCAACCACGCGUCCAACACGCAACGGUUUGGCCCCUCGCUGUUUGACUACAUCGAGCGGCAGCACACCAAGAGUCCCAUCUUCUACAACUUUAUGUACACUCCGGACCCGGAGCGGCAGGUGCUACGACCGCAGAGUUCCGUGUCGGUGUUGGAGAUCUGGUCGUACUUCCUGGACGAAGAGCUGGCGCAGGGACCGGCGUACGAUCCGGAGCUGGUGAACGGGGACAACCUGGAGGAGGACAGCGAUUACGCCGGAACUAGCAGCAGCGGCAGCGGCAGCAACUCCAUGGCGAACCGCCAUCCCCGCCGAAAGGUCGUCUCCGUCGGAUACGACAGCCUUCACCGGUACGACGCGGACGCGUUUUCCCGACUGCUCGAGGACCUCAAGAACGCGGAAGCCGAGCGCGGACUGUUGCCGCAAAAGUGGCGCCAAGUUUGGGACAAACUCGAGCUGCCACACUCGGACUCGCUGACGCGGCACGCCUCGUUCAGCAGUGCCCUGGUGCGAUCGCACGGCCGCUUGCUGCACAAGAAAUCAACGCUGGAGAUCAUCAUGCGCGGCCGACAGGUCGGUUACCACCAGGAGAACUUCCUUCAUCCGCAUCGGUUCGAGAAGCACGCCUACUCGGCCCCGAUCAACUGCAACCACUGCGGCAACGUCCUUUGGGGACCGCUGCUCAACGGGCUUCGAUGCGUCGACUGCGGCAACACGUACCACGAAAAGUGCGCCGAGUCGGUGCCGAAGAAUUGCACCAAGUACAAGGCGGUCGAGGGCAACCAGCAGACGCUGGCGCGCAACCAGGGUGACAAUGGGAGCGUCUCGUCCAGCGUCAACACGACGAAUACGAGCAACAUGCACCGCUUCUAUCACGACUUUGAUAGCAACGUGGCGGACGAUCGGACGCAUGAGGGAUAUCUGUACAAGCGGGGUGCGAUCCUGAAGAACUGGAAGCAGCGAUGGUUCGUGCUGGACUCGCACAAGCACCAGCUGCGCUAUUAUGACGCCAUGGAGGACGGCAACUGCAAGGGGUAUAUUGAACUUGCCGAAGUGCAAUCGGUGAUGCAGGCGCCACCCCAGGCCACGCCGGUGCCCUCGAAGAAGAUUGACGAGAAGGCGUUCUUUGAUCUGAAAACCAGCCGCCGGACGUACAACUUUUACGCGGUGGACGCCAACAGCGCCCAGGAGUGGAUCGAGAAGAUCCAGGCGUGUCUGCAGUAAUGCAAGAAAGAAAGAACGCAUGAAACUCAACUCUAGCAUUUCCCAACGGAUUUCGUCAGUACACACACACUCAUUCAAGCACACACACACAUACAAUGAUAAUAUUAGCAAAAGGUAGUAGCAGUAGUAAAAAUGAUUUUCACAUACAGAAAUUAUGGACCGAAGCAAAACAAAAAGAAGAAGAAAACGCGCGUUUUAUGUGAAGCGGAAGUAUGAAAAGCUUAAAAUUUCAUAUCAGUAAAAAAAAACUCACAAGAAUUUCAACGUUUAGUUUAUAAACAUAGCUAGAAAGAUAAUGAUGAUUCGCUAAUAUUUGAUGUUACGCAGUUGAAUGCUUAAUUUUUGCGUUUUUAGAUGGAACUGUUUAGCGCUAUUAAAGUAAAGUAAUUAUAUUUAGCUAAGGGACGAAAGAUGUGUCAUACUGGUAAAGAGAGAUUUGCAAACAUUCUCGAAAACAAUCAACAAAAUGGAAAAAAUGGGGAGAAGAAAACAAGCUUGGCAUGAAAGCUAUACCAAAAGAUUUGUGUUUUAUAUUUUAUGUGUUUUUUUUUGUGAAUAUCGUUUUUUUCUGUUCUUCUUAUUGGGUUUAUUCCGAUACACUAAAGCUUGCAUUUACCUUUUUAUUCCAAAAAGAACUUUUAUUUAAUUUUAUGUUUUUUUCUUGUAAGACUCUGUAUGUAUUAUAUGUGUAUCUUAUCUAUCAUUUGCCGUAAGAUUUUCGUUGGUUUGUAAUUGUUGUAGUCGUAAAAAAACGCUAGGCUAAGGCUGACGACGAGAAGAGCUCAAAUACUAUAAUUUAGCCUAAACACUCACCAUCAAUGAUAAAUACUUAGAAAACUCGAACCGUGACAGAAAAGUAGCAACUCACACCUCCACACACAUUUCAAAUCAAACCUUCCACACACACACCUUUCUCAAAUGUGAUAUUUUCUUGUGCGUUUAAACCAGAAAGCUUAACGAUCGUAGCUCGACAACCAUUAUUUCAACAUAGUUUUUAACGUCCAACAUGUAUCGAAUAACGAACGAACGCGAGUCCGAUCUCAAAAA